AUGCCUCCGGCCCGUAGCCUGCGCACCCGAGGCACCAUGAAUGAGAACGAUGAGAACGGGCCCGCACCACGGGUGACACGGGCCAAGACGGCUGCCCUGACCACCGAUGUCCCUGCCAACGGGACUAAGAACGCCCUACAGACCAAGCGAACCACGUCGACCACUGGGGCUAACGGGGCUGCCCGUCGUCGUCCCGCUCUGGGGGAUGUCAGCAAUGUCAACAAGACCGACGGUGCUGAAAUCAAGGAUGGAAAGAAGGGCGCGACCGGAAAAGUUGGCUUGACCUCCAAGACAACUACGCAGACGGGAGGUGUUCAGAAGCUCAGCCGAACCAACUCAUCACGGACCGCCCCUAAGAUCCAGCAAACUACCAAGAAGGCUUCCGUCGAGGUCAAGGGGCCUGGCAGUGGAUCUGGUGUCAUCGGUGCUACGCGAGGCAAGCGGACGUCCAGCCACAAGUCGAUCAAGGAAGAAGAGUUCCUGCAGGAAGAGCCUCCUCGCAAGAAGGCCGACGUGGAGAAGAAGGAUGUUUCCAAAUUUGCCCCCGUUCCCGAGGCGGUUGAGAGCACCAAGGACGCUAUGGAUGCUGCCGUGCAGGAUCUCGACAUCGAAGACCUCGACGACCCCUUGAUGGCCGCUGAAUACGUUGUGGAGAUUUUCGACUACCUCAAGGACCUCGAGAUGGUCACGCUACCCAACCCUCAGUACAUUGAGCACCAACCGGACUUGGAAUGGAAGAUGCGUGGCAUCUUAGUUGACUGGCUGAUUGAAGUCCAUACGCGUUUCCGUCUUCUCCCCGAAACUCUUUUCCUCGCCGUGAACAUCAUCGACCGCUUUUUGUCGGCUGAGGUGGUGGCCCUCGAUCGUCUGCAGCUUGUUGGUGUCACUGCCAUGUUUAUCGCCUCCAAGUACGAGGAGGUUCUGUCCCCUCAUGUGGCCAACUUCAGCCACGUCGCUGAUGAGACCUUUUCCGACAAGGAAAUCCUGGACGCAGAGCGUCAUGUGCUCGCAACUCUCGAGUACAACAUGAGCUUCCCUAACCCGAUGAACUUCCUGCGUCGCAUCUCCAAGGCCGACAACUAUGACAUCCAGACCCGCACCCUGGGCAAGUACCUCAUGGAAAUCAGUCUGCUUGACCACCGCUUCAUGGAAUUUCACCAAAGCCACAUCUCGGCGGCCGCCAUGUACCUGGCGCGUCUUAUUCUGGAGCGUGGGCCCUGGGAUGCCACUUUGGCUCACUACGCUGGAUACACCGAGGAAGAGAUUGACCCUGUUUUCCGCUUGAUGAUCGAUUACCUUCACCGACCCGUCUGCCACGAAGCCUUCUUCAAGAAGUACGCCAGCAAGAAGUUUCUGAAGGCUUCCAUCCUGACGCGCCAGUGGGCCAAGAAAUAUCACCACUUGUACAUCGACAGCUCCCUCGCGGAGCCGUACACUUACAUCAAGGACAGCGACCAGUGA